UUAUCGAACUCGAAAUAAUCCCGACUGACCCAUAACCAUAAACCAUAACAUUCCAUAACAUACUAUUGGAAAGCAGAGAAAUCAGUGAUCCUUUUAAUUCUAAAUUAACGACAUUGCAUCAUAUUCCUAUUAGAUAAAAAGUUCUUUGUGAAGUUUUUUGCGAAAUUCUUAGUUGAUAUAUUUUUUUCUAAAAUAAAAGAACGCCAAUUAAUCAUUUACACUUAGGUAGUAUAAAUAAAAAAUUUUAUACUACUUUUCUCAUCGCCAGCCGGGUUUCAUAAACACCUGUUUCGUUUUCGAAAUCAUAUGUUUUUAUUGUAAAAAAUUAUAUAUAAAUUUUUUUUUAAUUAGUAAAAUUUCAAAAAAUGUAUUAAGGGUAAAAAUUAAACUUAAACAUAAAAGUGUGAAUCUAAAUGAAUAAUAUUUUGUUGUUUUUCUAUAUAUAAAAUGCAAAUGUGAUGUGAUAUGAUUCAUGACGAUUAAACUUUUCUGUUUAUAUCAAGGAAGUCAAUUUAAUGAACUGUAGUCGUCAUUCUGUAAUCUUUUGACUCCGGUCAGACGUACUAUUUACGUUCUCGCCGUCGCUGGCAGAGUCGCUUCUAGAAAAAAAAACGCGAGUUUAGUAAAAAAAAAAAUCAAUUGAGUGAUAUCACAGAAUUGGAGCUUCUGAUGCGACAGAGCUGUUUUUGAUAUGACGCUGCCGGAAGUAAUUGGGAAUAAAUUCCUCUACUUUGCAUAUGGAAGCAAUCUUCUUGCCAAAAGGAUUCAUAUAAAAAAUCCAACCGCUGUGCGGAAAUGCAUUGGGAAGUUAAAAAACCAUAGACUCGAUUUUUUUUACUAUGCAACCAGAUGGGGCGGAGCACCAUCUACUGUAGUCCCAGCGCAAGGAGAGAAUGUCUGGGGUGCAAUAUGGGAAAUUGAUAUGGAAAAUUUGGACAGCUUAGAUAAGCAAGAAGGUGUCCACAGGGGUGUAUACCAGCCAUUGAGCUUGCCAAUUGAAACUCCCCGUGGGGAGACACUCAUCUGCCGAGUGUACCAACUCGUUAAUAACCCUGAUGAUUUUCCCACAAAAAAUGGCGUGAUGCUGGAUGAGAGAAAACCUUCCUACUCCUACAUUCAAGUUCUUAUAAAUGGUGCCAUUGAAAGUGGUCUACCAGAGUAUUAUGUGGAAUUCCUGAAAUCUGUUGAGCACAAUGGAAAUCUCGGGAAACCUGAACUUAUAUCGAGUCUCAAUCUAAAUCUCACACAAAACAUCAAAAGUGACUGAGUAAUGAUUAUGAAAAAAAAACAGUGAAAAGUGCACCAUCAUCUUAUUUUUAAUUUUUCUAUCAACAACCGUGAAAUUAUAAUUAUCACUCACAAUUUUUUUCUAUAUCUCGACAGGGACCUUAUCUUUCUGUAUUUAUAAAAUACAUAAAACACAGACAGAAUGUAAAACAAGGAAAAUACAUUAAGUAUUAAUCACACAAAAGAAA